UGUGAUCCAAAACCCCCACACAAAUCCUUUCUCCAUACCAUGUCCUUCUCUUCCCAUUCCUAACUAUUACUAUUACUAUUACUUGCAUUACUAUACUCCCUCUUCCUUCAUUCAUGUUCAUCACAACAACAAAACACCGCACCGCACGCUAACUAAUCCAACCAAUACUUUCUUCUCUGCAACUAACUUUAUCGUAACUCUCAACUAUAAACAACACUCACUCCCUCACUCUCAUUAUUAUUAUUAUUAUUAUUAUUAUUAUUCGCCACCCUCACCAAGACACAUAUAGAGAGAGAGAGAGAGAGAGAAAGAAAUGGGAGACAAUGAUAAUAACAAUAAUAAUAACAAUAUCUCUUCCUCUCAAGACGAAAUCUCCCUUUUUCUCCAUCAAAUUCUCCUCCGUUCAUCAUCUUCCUCUUCUUCUUCUCAACCACACAACUCCAUGCCUCUCCAAGAUGGGAACAUCUCACCCCUUCAUUUCAAUCUCUCUUCAUCUUCUCUUGGUGGAAACGACACUGAUGACUAUGACUGUGAAAGCGAGGAGGGUGUUGAAGCAUUGACUGAAGAACUUCCAACAAAGCAUGUUGCUUCUAGAAGUUCUUCUAAAAGAAGCAGAGCAGCAGAAGUUCAUAAUUUGUCUGAAAAGAGAAGAAGGAGUAGGAUCAAUGAGAAAAUGAAGGCUUUACAGAAUCUAAUUCCAAAUUCCAACAAGACUGAUAAGGCUUCAAUGUUAGAUGAAGCUAUUGAAUACCUUAAACAGCUUCAACUCCAAGUACAGAUGCUUUCAUUGAGAAAUGGAUUGAAUUUGCAUCCGAUGUGCUAUCCCGAAGGCUUGCAGCCUCUGACGUUGUCUCAGAUGAGUAUGGAGUUGUGUGACGGGAACAGGUCUACCCCUUUAAACAUGACAUCUACUCUGCCUCUUCCCCAAGAGAAUCCUUUGCUUUAUGGAUCCAAUCUACCUAACAAAACCACAUUGCCAAGUCAGCCAUCAAUGUCCUACCCUUCAUAUAUUAACAACACAGAAACUUCUUUCGGGGUCGAGUCCCGAAUCCCAACACAAAAAAGACCUCUCAAACGAUCUUCAGUGCCAAUACACGGUGAAGACAUGCUGCAGUACCAGCAAUCGAAUGCAAUCCAUUCUGCUACCAAUCUAAUAGGUGGUUCUCAAGUUGUCAAAGAAUUCGAAUCAGGCUCGACCACAGCUAACAAUUCUUUGCAAACAUGUAUUGCCGUGCGAGAUCAGUCAGAAGCGAUCAUGAGAAAUAGUGAGCCCAACAUUAUACUUACAUCACAGUUAAGUAGAUAAAUGGUAUAUGAAUAUGAUGCAUGACAAAUAUCUUAUGUACAAUGAAUCUUCUUGCAUGCAAGAUAAUAUGUUUUGAAAAAGCUUUUCUCCAGAUUGCAGACAAGGAAAAGUGGUUGCAAUGGGUAACUAGAAGACGGAAAAAAUUGGAUUUUUGAAGUUUGUCAUGGUUCCAAUACUUUUUUUAAUUUUAGUUUCAACAUACCAAUAGGAAUCCCUUAAGCAUUGUGGAUUUGGUAAGUGGUAACAAGCCUUUGGCCUACCUGACUUGGGAGAUGAAUUAUUCACAGCUUCUCGAGUUGAUAAAUUAUCUAUAAUGUAUGUAGACAUGAUGAUAACUAUUAAUUGUUGUACUGGGUAUAUAAGGACUGUAGUACUAAAACCUUCUAUGAUGAUUUCAACUUAGGAUAAUGUUUUAUUGCCUAUGAGUUAGUUCAUAUAAAAUUCAUUAACCGUGUA